AUGUUUGUGAGGUGCAACGGAAGAGGAUGGAAAGGAUAUGAAGGUGAUGGGAGGAAGAGAAGGUUGAGAUGUGGGAGAUGCAGGGAGUUGAGCGAGAAGGAAACAUGUUUGUGCCUGAAUGAUACUGUUACUACUUCAGGGUCCAAGGGAACCUUUAAUCUUGUUCAGAAGUGCAAAUUCUGUCAAAGGGAAGGAGUUAUCAUGAUGAUUGCCGGCAAAGGUAAACCACUUACUCAGGAAAUGAGUGAAGCUGGGAUGGAUGCCCCUCUAAUGGUGUUUGACUGCCGUGGUUAUGAACCUGUUGAUUUUGUCUUUGGUGGUAGCUGGAAGGCUGAAUCUACAUCUGGGACCAAGUUUGAUGACAUUGACUUGUCGGGAGAAGACUUUGCAGAUUAUGAUGAGAAAGGAGAGUGCCCAGUGAUGAUAUCAAAUCUUCGUUCAACUUUUGAGGUGCUGAGGUAGAGUUCUACUCUACUAAAUGUUUUUCCUACUCUGGUAAAUAAAAGUCACUGUUGCCUGUGCAUGAAGUAGAAAUAUGUUAGCGGAUAUAUAUACCUGGCAUCAUAUGGAUUUGUUCAUAGAUUUACUAUUUAAAGUUAUCAACCAGACUAAUAAAAGGAAUCACGUUUUAAUGUUUUUCCUGACAUGCGCAAGCAUUGACUGCUCAUUAGAUCUGUUUCGGAAGUAUGAAAAUAGCAUUGUAUAAUUAUUCAGAAAAAUUAGGUGAAGCUGGUCAAGGUAUUUGUUGUUCUGUGUUUGGUUGGAAGUAGUUCUUCUGAUUAUGCGUGUCUGUGAUAGUUGUGUACUUGUUGAUCUUAUUUGAUUCGGAAAUGGUUAUUAUCCACAGAUGUCAUUA